AUGGGCAUAUCUGCCUUCUUACAGCAGCAAGAUGCGAGAUCUCACGGCUUGUCCGCCGUCGAGGUACAAAACAUGUUAGAGACCUAUCGAUGCCUCACCACUCAUUGCUUAACCACCGGGGAUUAUCUCCGUCCCAGUAAGUACACCAUAGAAACCCUGACUUUAUACUAUUUUGUUGAGCGAAACGUAAACAUCGACAUAUCCGUAAGCAAUUGGCUUCUUAUCGGUGUCAUCAUCCGGAUUGCGUUACGCAUGGGCCUUCACCGCGAUCCCUCUCACUGGCCGAACAUCCGGCCCUUGCAGGCAGAACAUCGGCGACGGCUCUGGAUCAUCCUGUACCAGAUGGACUUCUUUUCGAGUACGCAAGUGGGAUUGCCACGUAUUAUAAAGGAUUCCCAAUGCGAUACGCGUCCGCCCGCGCACUUGUUCAGCUAUGACUUGGGCAUCGAGCAUGAUGAAAUCCCGCCCGAGAGAUUGUUGACGGAAUCUACUGCGCUUCUAUACAUUAUACAGAGGGACAGAAUCAUCAGAGUAACAGCAGAGAUAUACGACAUAAUUGAGGCAGGACCACCAUCACCAUCCGCCGUUGCUACGUUAAACUCCAAACUUCAACGAGCCAUCGAUGCCAUACCUGCAUGGCUUAAAUAUAAACCACUGGAAAUAUCAAUCGCGGAUAAUCCUCUUGCAAUAUUACACGGGAUGUUCAUGGAUGUUCUUGUACAGAAGGCUAUUUAUCUCCUCCAUCGGUGGAGCUUUAUGAAAGGAUCUUCUGGGGAAGAAAAUGCGAAGUCUAACGACAUCUGUAUUACUGCUGCACUUGCAAUACUGGAACAUCAAAGAAGAAUGAGCGAAGAGGUUCAACCUGGGGGCAUUCUAUUUAAUAUUCGCUGGAAGGUACCUAUAUCCCUUAAUUACGAAUUCCUACAGUCUACGAUGAUGCUGUGCUUCGCGUUGAGCAGGUUUGACGAUGGAAAUAUCGGUGCGGGAGAUUCAUACUCUCUACAUAGACGACAUGACAUAGUCGAGGCUUUGACCUUUGCAAAAGCUCUGUGGGAGAAGGAUGCGGAUCAACUUACGGAGGCGCGAAGAGCAGCCAAAGCCAUCGAGGCUGUGCUGCGGCAAGAUUCGGACGAAUCAAGUGCUUCAACAUUGGCAACCCUGGAUGGUGGCAUGCUCAAUCCAUCUGUGAACAUUAGCCAUGCAGCAGGUUUCCUUGAUCAGGUGCCAGGAGACGCUGCGCAAAGCUAUUUCGAUAGUUUUAACUAUGAGCAAACCAUAGCUUUGGAUCCUUCAUUCUUUACAGUUGAAACUGGAAAUAUACUGGAAGACUUUGUACCAGAGCAAAAUCAACUCUAA